AUGUUUUUAAUAUUAAUUGUAAUAUUAGUUUUGUUAAUUUAUUUUUACACUACGCAAAAUUUUGAUUACUGGUCAAAAAGAAAUAUUAAAUACGAUCCACCGUUACCUCUUUUCGGAAAUCAUUUAAAAUGUGGGCUGGGAAUGAAGAGCUUAAUAGCAGUUUCAUGUGAAUUAUACAACAAAUAUCCAAACGAAAAAGUUGUGGGAUACUUUCGUGGAAGAACGCCGGAACUAAUUAUUCGAGAUCCAGAUAUUGCAAGAGCAAUUUUAAAUGUGGACUUUGCCAGCUUCUACCCGCGCGGCUUUGGUAGAGAUCCUACAAAAGAGCCACUGUUGAAAAAUCUGUUUCAUGCGGAUGGAGAUUCAUGGAAACUAUUACGCCAAAGACUGACACCAGCGUUUACAACAUCUAAACUGAAAAACAUGUUCCCAUUGAUAGUGAAGUGUGCUGAAAAAUUGGAACACAUGGGAAAAGAAAUAAUAGCAGGAGGUGGAGAGUGUGACGUGCGAGACUUUAUGGCACGUUUUACUACAGAAUUUAUUGGUGCUUGUGGCUUUGGCAUUGAAAUGGACACAAUAAAUAAUGAAAACUCUGUCUUUAGAAAUUUAGGAAAGCAAAUGUUUCAUCGAUCCAUAAGAAAUGUUUCUCAGGAUUUACUUUGGGAUAUUUUACCAGAGGUAGGGAAAAUGUUAAAUGUCAGUGUUUUCGAUAAGAAAUUAGAAACAAUAAUUUCCAGCAUAGUGCUAAAAAUUUUCGAACAGCGAAAUUAUAAGCCCUCUGGAAGAAAUGAUUUCAUCGAUAUCCUUUUAGAGCUAAGUGCAAAGGGCAAAGUAAAAGGAGAGUCUCUUGAAUACAGAAAUUCCGAUGGGUCACCUAAAGAAGUUGAAUUAGAAAUCGAUUUGGAAUGUUUAAUAGCGCAAGUAUUUGUUUUCUUCGCAGCCGGCUUUGAAACAUCUUCGUCAGCUACGAGCUUUGCAUUACACGAGCUAGCGUAUAAUAUCGAUUUGCAACGAAAAAUCCAAGCUGAAAUUGAUGCGGUACUUCUAAAGUACGACAAUAAGUUGUGUUAUGAUGCAGUUAAUGAAAUGACUCUUUUAGAAAUGGCAUUCAAAGAAUCUCUGAGAAUACUUCCACCCUUAGGAGUCCUAAAUAGGGUCUGCGCUGCUAAAUACACAAUUCCUCAACUCGGAAUAAGUCUUGAUCCCGGUGUGAAAAUUAUAAUUCCUAUCCAAGCAAUACAAAAUGAUGAACGUUAUUUUGAAAAUCCCCAAGUAUUUAAUCCAGAAAGAUUUGCUAACGAGAAAAUUAGUGAAGUACAUAAGUACAUCUUCUUACCUUUUGGAGAAGGGCCCCGAGCUUGUAUAGGUGCCCGCUUGGGUCAGAUGCAGUCUAUCGCCGGACUGGCCGCUGUGUUACACAAGUUUACAGUGGAGCCGUCAGAAAAAUCAACCAGAAAAAUUAAAAUGAAUCCGAGACUAAACGUCGUUCAGGGCGUCUUGAAUGGGAUUCCUCUUAGACUUAAGUUACGCGAAAAGUAAAAAUAUUAUAGCCUUUUUUAUUACAGGAUUGUUUUUUUAUAAGUACAAAAACUAAAUCUGUUAAGUAUAUAACUAGCAGAUACCUAAUAAAAAUAUUAUGCAAAUAAUAA